AUGGUAUCCUUGCAUUUGUGUGAAGCUCCGGGGGCAUUUAUUACAUCUUUAAACCACUAUCUGAAGUUGAAUCACCAGUCCAUCAAUUGGAAGUGGGUGGCCAAUACCCUGAAUCCUUACUAUGAAGGAAACUCCCCUUCUAAUAUGAUCAGUGAUGACCGUUUCAUGUUCCACACCUUAAACAACUGGGACUUUGGUGUGGAUAAUACUGGUAACUUAAUGGAUUGGGAAAAUUCUCAAGCCAUAAUAAAGAAAGCAAAGGCCCUGGGAAAGGUACUUCUUGUGACAGCAGAUGGAUCUAUUGACUGCCUGCAGAAGCCAGAUGCUCAGGAAGAAGUCACUUCACCACUUCACUACUGUGAAAUUAUAACUGCAUUGCAAACACUGAGCCCUGGUGGAACAUUAAUUUUCAAGCUGUUUACAAUUUUCGAACAUUCCACUGUUAAUCUUUUGUAUCUCAUAAACCAGUUAUUUAAAGAGGUAAACAUCUAUAAGCCUAUCACAUCCAGGCAGGGAAACUCUGAAGUGUAUGCCAUCUGCCUGAGGUACAGAGGCAUUGAUCUGUCACCAUAUUUACCAACCCUUCAAUCUGCAUUUGGAACUGAAGUCUACACAAAUAAGACAUUAUUUCCGCUCGAAAAAAUACCUGAAUCAUUUCUGAAGCAAAUCGAGGAAUGCGCCUAUUAUUUCUGCUCAAUUCAGUGCCAAGUUAUUAACAACAACCUUCAAGCAUACAUUAUGCAGAAGAACAUAGCUCUGCAUAGGGACAUAAAAAAAAUCAGAUCCUUAGUUGCAUCAGAGUUCAUUUGGAAAUAUGAUCUAAAACCAAUUGAGAACGAACAGGAGAUUUUAAAAGGAACUCUUCAUGAGGAGAAUAAAAUUAACACGAACCCACGCUACCACCGUGGUUCUUACACUGAGAGACAUUUGUAUACGAAGAUGUCGUUGAAGGAAAAGCUGAGGAACUUGAAUUCGUUCCUGCAGGCCGAGCUGCUGUCUAAUCCAAUGAUUCUUAUCAAUGAACCAGUGAAAUGGAUGGCUUACGAUAUGCAAGCAUCGAAAAUUGAGCUUGUUUUCACUUAUGGUGACAAAUAC